AUGCUGCAGACCAUCAAUGAUGUUCUUGUGGGGGUGGUUUCAGCAGGGCUAUCAAGAUACCUAGAUCACCGAACACCAAAUGGUUUGCCCGAGGGGCUUCGAAUUACAGGGAUGGUUAUGGUAAAUUUAAGAGAGCAACUUAGAUUGCAGGAACAAUCAGAUUUGAUGAAAAGCAACUCUGGAUCGAGUUGGGGUAACAAAUUCAGCACGUUUCUCCUACCUAUUUAUUAUAAAAAAAGUUCUGGAACUGAACCUCUGGAGUAUUUGAGGAAAGCUAAGGUGAUUAUGGACCGCAAGAAACAGUCUCUGGAGGCUCUUUUCUCAUACAAAAUUGGGUGA